AUGUUUGGCGACUUAGCAACUAAAUUAAUUCUUGAUGCAAAACGAACACAGCAUCUUAAUCAACUCCCUCAUUAUCAAACCGACCUAAUUCAGUCUAUUUUUAAAGAAACAGAUGCUUUGAAUGAAGCAUCUAAAGAACUGUUAACAAUUCAUGGUGGACCUGAAUUUUCUCAUUCUAAAAACCCAGGAAUUGCCACUCACUUAUUGAUUCAACAUCUUUGUCAACUUCGUAAUAAACGAUGUCUAAUGGCUUAUCAUCACACACGUCUUAAUCGUUUAAAUCAUAUAUCUUGGUUUGAAAUAAAUCCUUUCAAUAUACCAUGGAUUGCAACAUCAUUAAGUCCUGAUGAACAUUUAUAUUUAAGAAAAUAUAUUACUUUAUUAACUCAUUUUAAAAGUCAAUGGAUGGGAAUUGAUUUUAAUGGUGAUCUAGAACCACCUAAAGAUCUUUAUAUUAAUAUACGUGUGCUUCAAGAUGUUGGAGAAAUUCAAACAGAAUAUGGUGCGAUUACAUUAAAUAAAAAUAGUCAGUUUUUUCUACGACAAUCAGAUGUAGAAGGGUUAAUUCAACAAGGAUAUUUACAAAAAGUUUAA